AUGAUAAUUUAUUAUAUAUUUGGAUUUCUGUAUUGUAUAAAAGGAGCACUUGAUUAUCCAACAGCAUGUGAUUGCUAAGAACAUAUAGAUUAAGAUAGUUGUGAAAGUCAUAAUUGUUUUUGGGCAGAGUCAGAAUGCAGAAUUGCUGAAUGUAAUGAAAGAUCAUUAUAGAAUUGCAUAAUUGCAUCUUAAUUCUUAAGUUAAAAUCCUCAUUAUUGUUUCAUUAAGAAUGGAAAAUGUGAGAAAUUGAACAAAUGUGAUGAAAUUCAAAUAAAUUAAAAUAAUAUUGGAUAGGCUAGAGAAUAAUGUUAAUUAUAUUAAUGUGCUUAUGAUCUUGUGAGUGGAUAUUGUUUCAAACCAGAGAAGUGUAAUGAUAUUUAUGAUCAAUUUACAUGUGAUAGUUUUUUGAUUGCUAAAAGUAAUCCAUUAGAAAUAGAUUCAAUUUGUUAUUGGGAUAGAAAAUGCAAGGCUAGAAAUUCAUUUAUUGAUAAAUGCAAAUCUAUCAAAGAUAAGGAUGUAUGUUAAUAAGGAGGAUGUUAAUAUGAAAAUGAUUAGUGUUAGGAGAUUGACUGCAGUAGUAGAAGUAUCAAAGAAUGCAAUGGAGAGUAUGUGAAUCAUUAAGGAAAAGUUUUUGUAUGUUAUGAGAACAAUGAUAAAUGUGAAAAAAUAGAGACAGAGAAGUUGCAUAAAACAGUAUGUAAUUCUAUGAUUGGACAUACAUAUAAAGAGAAACAAUGUAAAAAAUGCAAUUCAUAUGCUGAUCAUUGGGAAUGA